AUGAUCGGCACAGUCGUGGGAACCUUUGCAGUUACUCUGUCACUUUUUGUUCUCGGCUUCUGUCUGCUCCAGAACGGCCAGCGACAGACCAAGAAGCAACGUCGUUCUCGCCUUCUCGGCAGCGACCAUCCAGACUCUCCCGUCAAACCAACCAGCGGGACAUUAAUGCCUUCCUCCCCUGGCGUCUCCGUCAAUUCACCUCCGGUCAAGUCUGUCGCCUUGGCCAACGGCGGCUACACGCCGGCCUCAGCCUCUCUAUCGUCCGGCCUGACGGCAGUACCACUGGCAACGUCCUACGCCCAACAACCGCCGCCCAUAUCCGCCCCUCUUUUGGCCUCUCUCACCCUUCCAGUCAAUGAUGCACCAACAGGCGCCCUCCCCGACACCGGCUCGGCGUCGACGUCAGCCUCCGCGUCGGCGUCAGCGUCGGCGUCAGCCGCGAGUCCGGCCAACGUGACAGUCACCACAAGUGGCCUUUUUCUGGCGGCAGCAGCCGCACUGACAGCCGUCGGUCCGAACCCCGGCGGCGGCACUCGACCGGCUUACGCCACCUACGAGACAGGCGAGGGAGUCGAACGAAGAGGCGAAGAGGAGCACGAGACUCGAGCUGUGGAGCGUCUGAUGCGAGCAGCAGCUCUGGCGGCGGGGCAGGCCAGCUACGUUCCGGUCACGGGGCAGAUGUACUCGGACUGCCAGACCUACGAUCUGCCUCAGUACCCCUCGACCGUCCCCAUGGGAUUCUCUUCGGCCUUCCCACUUCGUCUUCCGCCUCCACCCCCACCCCCACCACCU